UAAAACAUAGCAAAACGUCAUUCCUUGCCAACAAUGGAUUCUUAACAGGUCGGUCCCACCUCUCCCUCAAAUUUUCUUUCCCUGUCACUCCCACCAUCCCAAAACAAUCCACCUCUCUUUCUCUCUCUCUCUAUAUCUCUCUCUCUCUCUUUCCCCUCCAUUAACAUCUUCCAUCCUCUUUUGUCUUCUCUCCCCCCUCCCAUCCAGACAUGUCCUCCGGCGGAAGUUCCGGGGCUUCCACCGCCGGCGGCCCCACUCUUUCUCCUCCGCAACAAUUCUACUUCUGCUACGAAUGUAAUCGCACCGUCUCUAUUUCCAAUCCUUCUUCUUCAUCGGAACUUUUUUGCCCUAAUUGCAAUGGCGGUUUCCUUGAAGAAGUCGAAAACCCUAACCCUUUUCCUCCUCCUUUUAGCCCCUUCUUCUCCUCUAGCCCCUCCUCUUCUGCCGCUGAUCAACUCGCGCCUUUCGCCCCUUUUAUGUUUCCUCCUUCAUCGUCUCCUCCGCCUAUCAACCCGAUUGAUCUGUCGUCGAUAUUCGGUGGUGGAAUAGCGAAUGUUGGGGGGAAUUCGAGAUCGGCGUUUCAAGACCCGGAUGUGUUUAACCCUCUUCAGUUUCUGCAGAAUUAUCUACAGACGAUGCGAGCUGGUGGGGCCAAUAUUCAGUUUGUUAUUGAGAAUGCGGGCGGUGAUCAUGGAGGAGGUAAUUUCCGGGUUCCGUCCAAUUUGGGGGAUUAUUUUUUUGGCCCGGGGUUGGAGCAAUUGAUUCAACAGCUUGCUGAGAAUGAUCCCAAUCGAUACGGGACUCCUCCGGCGGCAAAAUCGGCUGUGGAGGGGCUCCCCAGCAUUAAAGUCACGGAGGAGUUGCUGAAUUCGGAUUCUUCUGAUUGUGCGGUUUGUAUGAAUGAGUUUGAGCUUGGGGCCGAGGCCAAACAGAUGCCUUGCAAACAUGUUUUUCAUUCUGAUUGUAUUCUUCCAUGGCUUGAGUUGCAUAAUUCUUGCCCUGUUUGUCGGUAUGAGCUGCCCACUGAUGACCCUGAGUACGAGGAACGGGCUCGUGGCAGGAGAGAGAAUACUGAAUCUGGUGGUAAUGCUAAUGGUGGUGGUGCAGGUGGUAAUAGUAAUGCUAAUGGUGAUGGUGAGGGUGAUGGUGGGUUAGAGGAGGGUUCGCAAAAUGAUAGGACGGUGGAGAGGAGGUUUAGGAUUUCUUUGCCAUGGCCAUUUAGUGCUGCUGGGUCUGCUGCUGAGGGGAGUAAUACUUCAGGCAGUGAAUCGAACCAGCAGAGGAGAGAGAAUCCGGAUUUUGGAUCAGAAACCAGACAAGAAGAUCUUGAUUAAUAUGUGUGAUCUAGCCCAUCUAGUAUGAUGCCCAUCCCGUGUUGCCUUAGAGAACACCAUAACUUUUGAUGAAUAUUGAAGUAUUAAACAAUGAGCAGUAAUAGGAGAUUGGUUUGUAAUGCUUGUCAAUAAACCAAACCUUGAUGAGAAAGGAAGAACAGAAGUCCUGUCCUGUUGAGAUGUAGGUAAAUGGAGUAAAUGGGGAUGGUAGUGUAUUAAUUUUAUUGAUUAGACUAUGGAACAAGUACAAGAGGCGAAGCAGCAUAUUCUUUGCCUCUCUUUACAAGUUCUUUGAUUGCAUUUAUCUAUAAGAUCAAGUUGUUCUUUGCUUCCCUCUGGCCAAUGCUGCUGGGCUUUUCCAGGUCUUACGUUCCUGGAUCAAAAGUCUGAUCACAGUAUCGCACUAGACUUUCUUCUGUUUGAUUAAUAUGAGCCUGAUUAUCACUUUGAAGAACCUGAAGGAAAAUUAUUUGCUUAAUAAACUUUUACUGAUAUAUGCAAAAUAAUAUGAACAUAAUUAUUUGCUAUGAGUAAAUAGUAAUACUUUGCUAUGAGUUCUGCAAACAAUAUGGGGAUUAUUGACGACAUAAUUUUCCAACUAUUUAUAAAACUAAAUAUAAAAAGAAAAUCAUAUAUGUCAUAUUCAAAAAUUAUAAAGUAACAUACUCUUUUUCAAAAGUCCUCCAGCACUAUAGUAUCAGAAGAUUAUGCUGUUCGUGACUUUCAUAUUAUUUUGCACAACAUUGAGUAAAGCUCAUAAUAUUCAUAGCAAAUAGUUCAUUUUGUAGUAUUUUGCAUAUACAAGUGAAAGUUUAUAUUAGUUUUGGCCAUUUUUCCAAAUAUGAAUACAACCUUAAGUAGUUUAAUUAUCUCCACUUUCACUAUGUGUCCUUGAAAAGGAACUUGAUAUAUCCAUCUCUUGUUUUUCUUAGAAUUCACUAGUCAUAAACCCCAACAAAUUCACAAUUAAAAAUCUGAAUUAUUAGAUAAUCCGAAGUUUUAGAUUUUCUUUCAAUGAACCGCACAAUUCUCACCUUAAGUUUCAAUGACACUGGACUUAUAAAUUGUCAUUUAACUUAAUGGAAUAACUGACAACAAGUAUUUGUUAUUUCUGAGGAAAAAAUUAUAAUCUAAUUUUCAUUAAUUAAAAAAAAUUAAACAUAAGUGUCCCCUCUCUCUCUCCUCUUCUUUUUGCCUCUCUCUCCUAUUUUCUUGGCCUUAAAAGACCAAUACAAAUCAUCCCUAAGUCAGUUUGCGAGUGACUUUUUUUAAAAGAGCAUCAACAACUGCUAUUUGGAGCAGCAAGUUUAAUUUCUGACCCGCUCUAAAGAAGUUCUAAUAUCUACAAGAGGUGCUUAAAUCUAAGAGGAUAAUAUGGCUAAGAAGCUCUCGAAUGCAUUGCAAUUGAUUGGAAGUUGAUGCAUUCACAAGAAUAUAUUUAGGGAAACAAGAUAGCCUAUCCACUCCAUCAUCAUUCACUUCAUCCUCGAAUAUAUCCAGCGUCCCCCCUCCUCCUUUUUUUAGGGAAAGUCACUUUUUUCAAAAAAAACUUCGAGAGGUCGCACAUGCUACCCCUUGCACCCAAGUAUAUCUGCAAAUGAGUAUACUUGCGUUAGUAAUUUUUGCAUAGGCGUUAUGGCAUAGAGGUUCUUUCUGUUCAUUCCGCUCUCUAUGCAAAAAUUGAUAUUUGUUUUUAUAUCGAACAUGAUGACUCAUUCUUUUUGUACUCAGUGCUAUAUGCAUAUCUAGCACAUUAAAUUGAUGUGAAUAUUGAAGAUAUUUUUGACAAAUUAUGGGAAAGCAUAGAGUAGAUUGACUUGUGCAUGUUGGAUACUUGUAAUAGUCUGAUGUGAAUAGUCUUAGUUGUAGCAGUGAGAGAUUGCAUUCAGAGAGGAACUUAGAGGUUUGGUUAUCUUCUUCCAUGUGUUGCGGUUCAAGAAGUAAUUGCUAUACAAGGAAAUAUGUGCAUCACUCAUGUGUGGAGAAUAAAAUCUGCUGUUUGUACCUGCCCAUGUUGUUUCUCAACUUAUCUCAUUGUAUCCGGAGAUUCUGUGCUUCAAUUUUUCCAAAUUAUAGAUUAGGUUACAUGUUUUACAGGGGAUCCUUGAGGUCUUCAGUGUCUUCUGGCCUUAUUCUGUAGAAUUUAUGAACUAAAAAACUAGUGAGCAAUUAGAUUUGAUGAGGAGCUCCUUCCUAAGAAGUCUCUGUUUUAUCUUUGUCAUAGAAUAGCUUAAUUUAGUUUAUUUAAAGGAAAUCUGGAACUUGUGCAUUGGGAAAAGAACGUGUUAGUUUAUUUAAAGGAAAUCCGACCCGCUUAUUUAGUUUAGUUUAUUUGAUGUGAUUUUUGUUGGCGGUUCGAACUCUUUUUGGGUUUUUAUGAAUUUAUGGACGAACAACAAUAAUAAUAAAAGGGUUAGGCUCUUAAAUCGCAGUUUAAGAGGUUCUCUUGUGAGUCUCGGCUCCAAGAUCACACAAAGUCGCGGUUUGUGUAUUUGAACACUUAGUUCUAUGCAAGCACAAGCUUAACACUUUUCUUAAACUCAACAAACUGAUUUUAUUAAUGAACAAAAUAGCCUUUAUAUAGGCGUGCAAACCUAAAGAAACUAGUAACCCUAAUCCUAAUGAUAUUAUGAAACAAAUAACAAGAUAAGAAAGACUAAACAAGAUAAGAAAUAAACACCCUCCUAAUCCAAGUAGAACAAGCUCAACUUGGUUACUACUAACUAGACUUCUAAUCCUAUUAUAACUCUACUCCAAUUAGAAUCCUAAUCCAACUAGAAUUUCAAACAAACUAAAACAUUAAAAAACUCCUAACAGAACUAGGAGUUCUAAUCCUAAUAGAAUUAGGAAAACUAAUCCUACUAGAACUAGGAAAUAAACAAAUCCUAAUAGAACUAGGAUUUGUAGAAAAUGACCAUAUCCCAUAUGUAUCAUCCUCUCCCUCUUGAAAAUAUCCUUGUCCUCAAGGGUCUUCUAAGCACGGCACCAAAUCAACUCCCCCAGGUGUUGCACAUAUGCAGUGUUGCACAUAUGCCACGGCCCAAUAGAACCUUGUAUGUGUCGAACCGAAGCUUCUUAACAACUUGAUGUGAUUUUUGUUGGCGGUUCGAACUCUUUUUGGGUUUUUAUGAAUUUAUGGACGAACAACAAUAAUAAUAAAAGGGAUAGGCUCUUAAAUCGCAGUUUAAGAGGUUCUCUUGUGAGUCUCGACUCCAAGAUCACACAAAGUCGCGGUUUGUGUAUUUGAACACUCAGUUCUAUGCAAGCACAAGCUUAACACUUUUCUUAAACUCAACAAACUAAUUUUAUUAAUGAACAAAAUAGCCUUUAUAUAGGCGUGCAAACCUAAAGAAACUAGUAACCCUAAUCCUACUGAUAUUAUGAAACUAAUAACAAGAUAAGAAAUACACACCCUCCUAAUCCAAGUAGAACAAGCUCAACUUGGUUACUACUAACUAGACUUCUAAUCCUAUUAUAACUCUACUCCAAUUAGAAUCCUAAUCCAACUAGAAUUUCAAACAAACUAAAACAUUAAAAAGACUCCUAACAGAACUAGGAGUUCUAAUCCUAAUAGAAUUAGGAAAACUAAUCCUACUAGAACUAGGAAAUAAACAAAUCCUAAUAGAACUAGGAUUUGUAGAAAAUGACCAUAUCCCAUAUGUGUCAUUAUUAAAAGGAAUUCCGACCCGCUUCAUAAUUGGACCUCCAUAUAGCCUCUGAAUCUGCACCCGACUCCGAAUAUUCAAAGUCCGAGUCCAACCAGACUAAGUUUAAUGGCAUCCGUCUCCGAGUACGAAAGUUCGAAACUCCGAAAAACUAAACCCGAUUAUUGGACCUCCGAGUACGACCCGCUAAAUUUGUUUUUUUAGAAAAAGAAAAUCAACAAAUUGCUUCAACCCACUCAGUCAGAUAUACUACCUACUGGUAACUGGAGUCCGAUUGCGUAAUUAUUCAAGAACCAAAAUUAAUUGUGUUAAUACAGAUUACAGAAGCAAAAAAUACAGAAGCGGAAGAAAAACUUUACACCUAAUCAACAAAUUUAGUUACUUUCAUGAACUAGAAACGACAAAAUCAGAAAUCAACAAAUUCAGUUAUGUAAAAGAAAUUUGUGUAUGAUAAUAUUUAAAUCUUAAGAAUACUACUUGCAAACUGUAUGAAAUAGGAUUACAUGUUGGAGGAAUGUGCAAUUACUUUCAAAUUUGCCACAAAGAUUCACCUAAAAAAAAAGUUGCCACUGAAAUUUGCAUCAAAUUGAAAUUCAAUAACACUCAAUGAAGGCUGGCGUUUGAUGUCGGCACAACGUCUGGCAAGUGGGGUUGUCUGGCGUCACACGUCGCUGUCUGUGUGAAGGCUUAAGCGUAAAGGGAGGAAUUAGGAAGGCAGACUUAGAGAGAUUAAGGUUUAGUGGUUUGGGCUUUACUUUUUUACUUUUUUCAAUUUUAAAAAAAUUUAAAUUUUUACUUUUUUCUUACACUUCGGCGCUUGGUUUGGGGGGAGUGGGGGAUCACAGUUGGUAUUGGGCUUGGUUUCCAAUACUUAAUUUAAGUAGUUGGGACUUUGGGUUUAAUUAAAGGUGGAUAUUUGUCGGACUAUCGGACUUGGGUCCAACAUGAAGCUGGGACAGACACAAGUUGGACUCGUUCAGACCCUAUGUAUGGUCCAAGUUCGACCCACCUCUUAUUUGGAUUCAAACUCUUUUAAGCGGACUCAGAUUUAGACUUUUUCUUAUCGGAUUUGGGUUGGAAAUUUUUCUUCGGAUGGAGUCAGACUCGGAUCAGAUUCGGACUCAUUUGCCAUUCCUAGUCAAGUUUGUGACCUAAUAGUUUUGAAGUCUAACAAGGCUUUGAGAGUGAUACCUUUAGUUGGUUGAUGUGAUAGAAUUGGUAAGGCCUCUUGUCAGGUUUGUGUACACUAGGCGCAAAUCAAAGGGAAGAUUUGGGAUUUCAUCAUAAUAUUGUUAUCUUGGUAUUGAUGAUAGGAGAAUGACACAAAGGAGAAUUAGCACCACUCAGCAAAUGGGGUAAAAUGGGUCAUUAGAAGAAAGAGAAAAUGAGAAGAAUAAUUUAGAGAGAGAAAUAGUACGUGUGUAGUACAAUUAAGUACUAUAAAUAGAAUACCUCAUACAAGACCCAAUCCAAUUUUUGUAACUCUAACCUAACCAUAAUAAGCCCAAACACAUUACCAAACCCUACCAACCUAUGGAACCGAUCCUAGGUUCCCACACUUAACGCCUCUCAACUUACCACGUACCAGCCUACCUACUCCCAGAAUACCACCCACCUCACUAGAGAAGUAUGCAAGUGGACAACAGUAUAAGCAAGAAUGCGGGUUAUGCUUCGAGUGCGACAAUAAGUGGCCCGUCACGUAUUGGUACCGGUACCUGCCUAAGGAGUUGAGUGUUUUGUUUGCCAAUGAAGAGGAGGACGGAGUUGCGGAGGAAGAAUAUGCAGAGGUGGAAGCGGGCGUCUCGGGGAACUCUCUUAACUCGGCUCACCAACCUGAAAACAAUGGAGAUGGUUGGCGCCAUCAACGAUGAACUAGUGGUUGUUAUAGUUGACUCCGGGGACAAUCACAACUUUAUUUCAUUGGCCACGAAGAUUUGUUAACUUCCACCAAGGGUUUCAGAGUGUCCUUAUCUCGAAAUUGCAACGAUUCGAUAGACGGCUCAAUGGGAUAGAUUCGAUCAACAAUACUCCUCCGGGAAACGUAUAGGAGGUUUUAUCCUCGUACGGCUCGAGAAAAAUGAUUCACAAAUCGCUAUAUUAAAUUCGAAUUGUAUUUAUAUGAUUUACAAUGAGAUUAUAAAAAAAGAAGAUCGCAACAAAUAUCUCGAAAUGAUUUUAUCAAGUUUCUCGUAGAAUAAUGAAUUUGCUAAUAGAUUUACAGUCCUAGACUAAUAAUUUUUCAUAUAAAUGUACUUGAUAAAAUAACUAGAUUAUGCAAUAAUAAAAUUAAAAAGGAAUAUUUGCAAAAAACACAUGAUCCUUUAUUAAAUGGAUCCUAUCGUGGUAUAAUAAAAAAAAUGUUUUCACCUGAAACUACACUAAAUAUUAAUGAACUUUUUAUAAAUAAAAUUCAUAAUAUUCUAAUUAAUGAUUAUAAUUACCAAGAAUUUGAACAUAAAAAAGAUACAUUUAGAAGCAGGGGUUAUAAGGCCUUCGAUUAGUUCAUUCUCCAGUGUGGUUUUACUUGGUUUAACUUGUUAAGAAGAAUGAGUCUUAGCGGUUUGGCGUGGACUACCAUGCCUUGAAUCGGGCAACAGUUACCGAUAAGUACCUAAAUCUUGUGAUCGGCAUGGCUCUUAGGAUUUCUCCAAAUUGGAUCUCAGUGUGGUUACCAUCAAAUUUGAGUGAGGGAUGAUGUGUCAAAAAUGGCCUUUCGACCCAUGAAAGCCACUACGAGUUCUUAUUUGGACUUAUUAAAGCCCCGACCACAUUUCAAUCACUCAUAAAUGAGGUAUUCAAACCCUAUCUUCACAAGUAUGUUUCGGUGUUUUUUUAUGACAUACUUGUUUAAAGUUGUGAUGAGGCCAUCUAUAGUGCUAAAAACUUUAGUUGCACAUGAGUUGUACGCUAAUCGAGGGAAUUGUGUAAUUGGGAAAAAUAGGGUGGCAUACUUGGGUCAUAUAAUUUUAGCGAAGGGUGUUUUUAUGGAUUAGGAGAAGAUGUCGGAUUGGCCUAACCUGUCAACCUUGACCCGGGAUUUUCGAGGCUCACGGGUACCAUGAGAAGAUUGUAGCCAAUUAUGUUAAGAUAGCCGUACCAUUAACCUCACGAUUCUGAAAAAAGAUAGCUUCCAAUGGGGAGAGGCAACAAAUAAGAUGGAUGAGCAAGCUUAUGGGUUAUGAGUUUAAGAUACAGUUUAAUCAGGGGCUUCCAACAAAGUUAUGGAUGCUCUAUCACGCAAAUGAGCGGAAAUCGAACUAAUCAACAUAGAGAGUGUGUGUGGAAUUCCUUGGUUCAAGAAGAGAUUGAACAAGAUGGGUUUAAGUAUUAAGCACAAGAUUGUGGAGGAGAGAUCAUACAUCAUGGGUUUUGAGUGGUGGGAAACAAACUUCUCUAUAAGGGGCGUAUUGUGGUACCUCCCAAGUCCACCAUCACUCGCCGCCUUCUAAUUGAAUACCAUGACUCCCCAGCAUAGUUCGAAAAUACGAUUUCGUUCAGGGUCGCGGUAAUGGAUAUAGUGAUGCGGGAACGUGGAUGAUGCGGUUGUCGUACCGCUGAAUAUCGGCUUAAACCAUGAAAUAUCCCUAAAACCCACCUAAAAUGCGGUUUUUUUUACACCUUUACGAUGCAGGUAAUAUCAGUUCGAUAGAUUUGAAGACCUUUAGAACAAAGGCAAUACGAUACAAUGCGUCCUUGUUUCGACACCAUGCUCCCCAGUAGGUGGCCACGCAAGGGAAUUCAAAACCUAUAUGUGUUUAGCCGGGAGUAUUAAGCCAAAACCUAUCUGUGUUUAGUCGGGGAGUGGUAUUGGGUUGGUUUGAGGAAGUGGCCUAGGACAUCCAUGCCUGCACAAUCUGUCAGCAAAAGAAGGUUGUCAAUACCACCCCAGCAGCCUCUUACAACCACUCCCCCUUCCUGUUUGGGUGUGGGAGGAGAUCCCCAUGGAUUUCAUCGAAGGUUUGCCCCGUUCCUAAGGCGUAGAUUCGGUGUUGGUAAUCGUAAACUGCCUCACAAAGUAUCCGCACUUCAUCGGUCUUAAACACUCCUUCACACCCACUGCGUGGCACCCUUCUUUGUCAAGGAAAUAGUACGCCUCCAUGGGUUUCCUAGCUCCAUUGUCUCAAUCGUGAUAAGGUGUUCCUAAGCUUCUUUUGGAAGUAACUCUUCUGUCUACAAGGCACACAAGUCCAGAGAUCCACCGCCUAUCACCCCCAAAGUGAUAGCCACACCGAGAUCGUCAACAAAAGCCUUGAGACUUACUUACGAAUUACGAUGCUUCAUCAACGGGAAACCUAGCCAAUGGGCCAAGUGGUUGAGUUGGGCUGAAUACUCUUACAAUACCUCACCCCACAUGUCUACACUCACCACUUCUUUCAAGGCUCUCUAUGGGAGAGAUCGCCCACCCCUGCUCUACAUUAGUAAAGGGCAAACCCCUGUGGGCUCACUCUAAGAGGAACUGCAAUUGAGAGACAUAGUAUUUGAUGAUCUGAGGAUGAACAUGCUGCAUGCCGAGCAAAGGCAGGAAAAGCGGGCGGAUCUGAAGCGCACAAAUGAGAAUUUUGCAGUGGAGAUUGGGUGCUAUUAAAGUUGCAUCCAUACCGUCAACAGUCCCUAGCCAAGAGGGCUUGUGAGAAACUAUCGCCGUGAUACUAUGGCCCUUAUGAGAUUUUCCGAAAGGUAUGUAAGGUGGCAUACAAAUUAGCUCUUCCCACUCGAGCCAAAAUUCACCCGGUUUUCCAUGUUUCACAGCUGAAGGGUCCAUGAGCCUAUAGCACCCCCGUCCAUAUUCCAUCUGAGCUCGCAUCUGAUUUCGAGCUGCAAGCUAUUCCAGAGGCCUUGUUAGGAGUCAGGGGCAGCACUACUCUGGAGGUCUUGAUUAAAUGGCAUAACCUUCCUUAAAAAGAGGCUACAUGGCAAGAAUACGAGGUCCUUGCACAUCAGUUCCCUUCCUUUCAAGUUUCACCUUGAGGACAAGGUGAACCUUUGGGCGGCGGGUAAUGUGAUAGAAUCAGCAAGGCCUCCACUGAGGUUUGUGUACACUAGGCGCAAACCAAGUGGCAGAUCUCGAAAUUCAUCAUAAUACUGUUACCUUGGUACUGAUGACAGGAGAAUGACAGAAAGGAGAACAAGUACAGCUCAGCAAAUUUGGUAAUGGUCUGCAUUAAAAGAAAGAGAGAAUGAGAAGAAUAAUUUAGAGGGAGAAAUAGUACCUGUGUACACACUUGAGUAGUAUAAAUAGAAUACUGGGUUAAGGGGAAAGGCAUUGAAAAGAAAUCUGAUUAAUCAUUUGUGUAUUGGGAGUGAGGAGCCACUCGAAAGCUUCCAUCUAUUUUGCCUUAAUACAGCUUCUCUUGUUCUUCUAUUUCUUCUUCUUUUUAGUCAUUUCUAUUCGUGUGACAUUGUUGUGUUGUUACGUGGUGAGCUCUGUGACAGUUGAUUUAGGCUCUGUGUGGAUUGUUAGUCUCCUGGCCGUAAUAUACUUGCAUUAUCAGCGCAGGUUUCUUUAUCAAAUCUCUCUGUUUCAGCUAAAAAUUUUAGGAAUCUUAGUUUCAAGUAUUAUUUUGCGUUGAAAUAAGUUCUUAAGCUAAGAAGGUUUUUAGGAUUGGUGAACAGUUUAUGUGUGCAUCUACCAGAAUGUGGUAGCCAGAUAAAUUCUAGAUCUGCAGCCUACAGGGACAAAGAAAUACAGUAGUCAAAAGGAACCCCUAGUCAGUUGUAGAGGGAGCAGUUUGGGAUUAACCUCUGGACCGAUGACCGGUGGAGUUUCUACUCUAUGAUUUAGGCCUCAAUCUGGCGAAUUUUCUCAUUCUGUUGCGUCAGGGUAAUUUAAUGAGUAUGCUGUAACAACACUUGAAUUAAACCAAGAGUCUGGAUUUUUUUUGCAAGUGUUACUUGACAGCAGUAUGCUCAGUAGUCAGUAGUCAGUACUACCGGUUCUCCAAUACCUAACCUCUAGGCCUCAGUCAACAGCAUGGGGAAAAGUUGAUAUAAUUGAAUUUGAAGACCAUCCAUGUCCGUGAAUGCGGAGAUAGGUUCUGUAUGACUGCUUGCUCUCAUCGUACAGAAUUGAAGAAGGCAUGGACGGGACAACAGCAUUUCGUAUUGUGCUGCUGUUCGUGACGAUGAAUUUCAAUGUUAGGGUGCAUUUUGGAAUUAGGUAUUAAUGAGAAUUAUGAAACGCCUUUGUACUGAUAACAGAGAAGGAUCGCACACCCUUCCCAAAGGAAUUGCAUGUGAUACACUCAUGACAUAUGGAUCUCUCAUAGUGUUAAGGACACCUCUUUCUUUUGACUAAGGGCCAAGUGGCAUCCUUUUUCUGCAUCCAUCGAAUGUCAGACAUGUUGGCUAUUGAAAUUUGGCAAUACCGUGUCAAGAGGCUGAUUUUCGAGUGCCAGUCGUUUAGUUUUUUCUGUUGGAUAUCUCUGCUUAUAUUAACUCUUAUGGCUUCAAAUAUAAAUACAAUCUCUUAAUUGUUUUCUCUCUGAUUCUAACUGAGGAACAAUUGUCUGCUUAUGUCUGUAAACUGAAAUUGGAGCCCUUGCUUGCUUGAAUUAUAUUAACUAAUUGCUUAUAGUUUCA